AUGCCUGAAGAUGCAAUAUUAGAAGACGCUGCAGAUCGUACAGAAAGCCAUGAUUGUCAAGAAGAAGAAGCUCAUCAUCGACAACUCAAAACCAAGAAACUUUCAUGGCAAAAGUUACGUAGAUUUGACUCCUUGGACAUCGAGUCACGCAGUGUCAACGGUCACCACGGCCAUAGCUCCACGGAUGCAAGUUGGUCUGUAAUCUUGCAACUAGCAUUUCAGAGCAUUGGAAUAGUCUAUGGAGACAUUGGUACAUCACCUCUAUAUGUGUAUGCGAGUACCUUCAGCAAAGGCAUCAAGGACACAGAUGAUAUUUUGGGUGUUCUUUCUUUGAUCAUAUACACCAUCACCUUAAUCCCCUUGAUCAAAUACGUUUUCAUCGUCCUCCAAGCUAACGAUAAUGGCGACGGAGGGACGUUUGCACUGUACUCUCUGUUGUGUCGAUAUGCCAAGGUUAGUUUAACUCCGAGUCAACAAGCUGAAGACCGCGAUGUUUCAAAUUUCCAACUUGAGUUGCCUAGCAAACGUCUAAGGAGGGCAUCAAAGCUUAAAUCAAAACUAGAGAACAGCAAGUUUGCCAAAUACUUUUUACUCUUUGCCACCAUGCUUGGUACUUCUAUGGUUAUUGGUGAUGGUGUCCUCACUCCUUGCAUCUCAGUUCUAUCGGCUGUUGGAGGGAUAAAACAAGCUACAUCUGCUAUGACAGACGAUAUGAUUGUAUGGAUAUCAGUAUGCAUCUUGGUUUGCCUAUUCAUGGCUCAAAGAUUUGGAACUGACAAAGUUGGCUACAGUUUUGCACCAAUUAUUUGUGUUUGGUUUACCCUCAUUGGUGGCAUUGGCGUGUACAAUUUCUUCAAAUACGAUCCAACAGUUUUAAAAGCUCUAAAUCCACAAUACAUAGUCGAUUACUUCAAGAGAAACAAAGGAGAUGCUUGGAUUUCCCUUGGUGGCAUUGUCCUUGCCAUUACAGGAACUGAAGCUCUGUUUGCCGAUGUUGGCCACUUCACAGUUCGAUCCAUUCAGAUUAGUAUGUGCUCAGUGACUUACCCAGCUCUCCUGCUCGCAUACACAGGACAAGCCUCUUUUCUUCGCGAGCACAAGAGCCUAGUUUCAGACACGUUCUUUGAGUCCAUACCAAAACCUUUGUAUUGGCCUAUGUUUGGAGUUGCUGUAAUGGCAUCAAUCAUAGCCAGUCAAGCUAUGAUUUCAGGUACGUUCUCAAUCAUCCAACAAUCCCUUUCACUAGGGUGUUUCCCUCGUGUGAAAAUUGUGCACACAUCGACCAAGUAUGAAGGACAAGUUUACAUUCCGGAGGUCAACUACCUUCUGAUGUUGGCUUGUGUUGGAGUGACCUUGGUUUUCAGAAGCACCACAAAGAUUGGAAAUGCAUACGGCAUAGCAGUUGUAUUUGUAAUGACGCUUACAUCGGCCUUCCUGGUGUUAAUCAUGAUUAUGAUUUGGAAAACCCAUAUACUUCUCAUCAUUUCAUAUGUUCUUGUCAUCGGAAGCGUGGAGCUCAUGUACUUAAGUUCGGUGCUCUACAAGUUUGAUCAAGGUGGAUAUCUUCCUCUCGGAUUUGCGCUUUUAUUGAUGCUCAUAAUGUUUGUGUGGAACGAUGUUCAUCGAAGAAAGUACUACUACGAGCUCGAUCACAAAAUUUCCCCAGAAAAGCUCAGGCAACUUGCUGUGGACAAAAACUUCUGCCGCAUGCCUGGCCUCGCCAUGUUCUACUCAGAACUCGUUCAAGGAAUUCCUCCAAUCUUCAAUCAUUACGCGGAGAAUGUGCCUGCUUUGCACUCAGUCUUGGUUUUUGUCUCCAUCAAAUCGUUACCAAUAAGCAAGGUUCCUAUGGAGGAGCGUUUUCUUUUCCGCAGAGUGGAGCCUAGGGAGCUUAACGUGUUCCGAUGUGUCGCUAGAUAUGGGUACACAGAUGUUCGAAAUGAGAAUGAACCCUUUGAAGGAUUGCUGGUAGAAAAAUUGAAAGACUUCAUAAGGGAUGACUUUUGGCAAUCUCAAACAACUAUGCACAAAACAAAUGGAGAGAAAUUGAAAAAAGAAGUUUCUGCUGAGUUAUUAGGUGAUGAUCAUGAGCUGGAUAAUGGAAAUGGUCAUCAAGAGAAUGAGAGCGAGAACGAGGAUGUAAAGCAAGUAUUGGAUGAUGAUGAAGAUCAAAAGAAACAACAAGAUGAUGUGUUGGGGACAGAGAUUGACGCAAUUGACAAAGCGUGGCGCCGGGGAGUGGUGCACCUAAUUGGCGAGAAUGAAGUGACGUCUGCUAAAGGAGCUGGGUUAGCAAAAAGGAUCUUGAUUGAUUAUGCUUACAAUUUCUUGACGAGAAAUCUGAGACAAAGUGAAAAAGUGUUUGAUAUUCCUCACAAGCGCAUGUUAAAAGUGGGCAUGACUUACGAACUAUAGUUCGAUCUACACGCAGAAAGGCUUUGAAGGUGGAUGGAUGUGUACAAGUCUUUAAGAUUCAUGUACAACUUAAGAUUAGUGUAGCUAAAUAGAUGAUUGAGUAACUAUCUAGUGCUCGAUCAAAUAUA